AUGGUGAACUCAAAGGAGAACACCCCCGUAAGAAGUUCCCCCCGGAACGAAGAAGACCUCGGCACGGAACGCACUCCGCCGACGACAGAAAAGCAGCAGCAUGGAGCGGAAGACGACCCGCCAGUCCGCCGAAGCAGGUCAGCCCCGCCAAACGACCAGCCUACCUCGUCCGAAGAGCAACCCGCCCCGGCGAGAAGGGUCGAGGAGACCGACCAACCCGCGAAGCACCGCGACCCGGAGAUAUCACUCUCGAGCAGCGAGCUUGAGAGAGUCAUGGAGAAAUUCAUGGCGCCUAUCAAUAAGAGCUUCGCCGAGAUACGAGCUCAGCAGAGCAGAACCCAAAAACGAAUCGAAGCUCUAAACCGAGAAGAUGAUGAAGGACGAUCGAUACACUCCACCGAGAUGGAAGACGAGCCCGCACCUCGCUCCGAGCGUCUUAACCAAGAGACUGCCCUGGAACUCGAGCGAAUGAAUCGACGUCUUGACGAGGUCAACUCAAAGAUUCAUCGCGCCACCAGCUCGGCCCCGGAACUGACGAAAGCACUCGCCGACACCCGGAGGAGCCCGCUCACCCGCAGACUCCGCGAUAGGAUUCGCCUCAAGAUCGACUCUUACCCCGGGGACGAAGAUCCUAAGAAGUGGUUGACCGCUUUCAACCUCGCCAUGACGAGGGAGAGAUACAACUCCCACGACGAGAGGGAAGCCAAUUACUGCCAAGUCUUCGUCGAGCACAUGACGAAAGACGCUUUGGUAUGCCUCCCGCUCGAAGCACUUCGCAAUGGCCUAUGGUAUGACUCCAAGCUCAAGGAGGACCUGUCGCUUAAGCCAUCCACAUCCUUAGAGGACGCUUUUCAUCGCGCCCAAAACUACAUUUUUCUUGAGGAGGAUAAACGCUUCUAUGCCGAGAAACACGGAGAUAGGCGGAUCACUCCACCCAAGCCCAAAGAGGAUGUCAUAGAGACGCGCAGGAGGCCCGACCCCAAAAGAUCGCUCCUCACCGCAUUCGCAGCAGCAGAGGACGAAUCCGAGCAAGGAUCCCCACAUGCCGCGACCAUCAUGACGACGCCGGAUGCCACGCAGCUCGGAGACGAUGGCGACAUAAACACGUUCUGCAAAUUCCACAGAAGGAACGGGCACGCCACUGAAAACUGUAAGCAACUCAUCAGUAACCUCAUUCGCAUGUAUAAUUCUGGGCAGAUUCCGCCGAUGGACGGAGACAGAUCCCAUGGAAAAAGUUUCGCGCCGAGACCAUCCAAGCCGGGACAGCGAGAAAAGCGCGGGCGGCAGUUCAACCCGAGGAAGGACAAGGGGAAAUCCGAAGCACCCCCCGACGGGAAAAGCCGCGACGAUCAAGACGAUCUGCCGCCACCACCAAGGCGUUACGUCACCAUGAUUAUGGGAGGCCUCCUAAACGGCGACGAAUCCGUAUCGGCUAUCAAGAAGUAUGAACGGAAGGCCGUCGCGGCACAGCGCAACCCCUAUGUCCAUCAAGGAAUCCCUACCAUAUCCUUCACGGACAGGGACGCCGGCGGACUGGAUACCCCACAACUCGACCCGCUCGUGGUCACCAUGCAAAUCCACGACUGCGACGUGUCCAAAAUCCUGAUCGACACCAGGAGAACGGUGAACCUGAUCUUCAAGGAAACACUGGACUGCAUGUGUGUAGAGGAAAACUCCAUCAAACCCGCGGUUUGUCCCCUCACUGGUUUCACUGCCGAGCAUGUCUACACUUGUGGCACAGUCCGACUUCCCGUCUACAUCGGCGGCAUCUCGAAGCUCAAGAAGUUCAUCCUGAUGGAGAAACCAGCUAUCUACAAUAUCAUCCUCGGCACGCCGUGGCUCCACGAGAUGAGAGCUGUCAUCUCCACCUUCCACCAAUGCGUGAAAUUCCCAACGCCGGCCGGGAUAUUCACCCUACGCGGAAACCAGAGAGAAACGAAAUCUUGCUUUCUACAAGAGCGCAGACUCCGCGCGGCGUCCUCAUUCAUGAUCAUCGAGCCGCCGGACCAGUGCCGACAUCUUGAUGAGACGCCGUGGAAGUCUGACCUGAAGUGCCGCAAGAACACCAGGAACCCGCUGAAGCUGACCGAUCUGUUCAAGCUGGAACAGUUCGAGGAGGAGCCGCUACAAAGCUUCGUCGACAGGUUCCAAGCCGCCCUACUCCGUUUCGACGAGACGAACGACCUCUUCCACAACCCUUGUCUCACCUUGAAAAACGCCUUCCUUCGGGCGGAAAAAUUUAUCCGCAUAGAGCAAGGACCGCCGAGACGACACCUUAAGAGGUCAAUCUCCCCUUCACUUGAACCAGGCGAAUUCAGGCAUCGGCGUGAAAGCAGACGAGGACCACUCUUCCCGGGAGAAUCCACCCCGAAGCACCAUCAGCAACACCUGAAUCGGCCAGAGACUAUCUUCAUAGACGAAGGUGACGACGACGAAAGGGUGCAAAGACCUGCCUCACCUAUGCACGGCCAGUUGUUCACCAACAGCCAAAUCGUCAGCACGCCAUAA